AUGGAAGGAAUGGUGGUGAGGGAAAAUUUUCAAUGCCUUCUCAUAAAUAUUUAUAACUCCUGUGAUGCUUCGACUAGAUCAGACACAUGGAACCAUAUAGAGGAUUUUUGCAGAAACUCACACUUACCUCUUCUAAUAGCGGGGGAUUUCAAUGAGGUACUAUCUUCCCAAGAUCGAGGCAGCCGGAUAAUAGAUGAAACUAGUGCCGGAAAAUUCAGGCAAUUCAUAACCAACCUUCAUCUUACUGAAAUCACACCCUCCAAUGGAUACUUUACAUGGUUUAGGGGUCAAUCAAAAUCAAAGCUGGAUAGAAUUCUUGUCCAACCAGAUUGGAUUCUGAAAUUCUCAUUCCUUAAUGCCUCCAUCCUCAAAAGGAGUAUCUCGGAUCAUUGCCCUCUUGUACUGAAGUCGCAAUCUAAGGACCGGGGACCGAAACCUUUCAGAUUUCUUGACAUGUGGCUCACCCACAAGGAUUGCCUGAUCCUUACUAGGAAAGUAUGGGAAGAUUCGAAGGGAUUCACAAUUUCAGAGAAGUUUAAAGCUGUCAGAAAAGAGUUGAAAGUAUGGAACCAGUCAAAAUUUGGGAAUCUAGAAACCAAUAUCUCUCAAUUAGAAGACGAAAUUCACAAAUGGGAUACUGUUGCCAACACGAGAAACCUAUCGGUUGAUGAACUGAGUCUCAGAUCCAAGGCCCAACUGGAUUUAUGGGAUUGGAUCAAACGCAAGGAAAUUCACUGGCCCAGAACUCUCGUAUAA